CUAAGAACGCCCAACACUGUAAUACAAGCACAGCUGACUCGCGCCCUCGCUUUGCAACAUCCUCACGGAUUUUGGGGCGUUUUUUCGCCAAUUUCUUCCGCGAAAACCUUGCAGUUGGUAUCAAAUCUACGGAUAACACAUUCGUAAAGUAGCGUACAAAGAUGGGACGUCUACCAAUGGGAAGCCGCACGUCGCACGUGCAGGGCAGCACCGGACCUCAGUACAGCGUUAUGAACUUCUACUGUACCCAGAAUUCCACCACGUACGGACAGGAGGGAUUCAAACCCCGCACCGGGAAACAUGUGGGCACCGGCUACCAGUCCAACUUCAGGCCUGGUGUCUACUACAGCAGACAUUUGGAUGAGCUGGAUAAUCCAGAAAUGGGCCGCAUUGUGGCAAGAAACUACAACACGGUGACGAAGCUACACUUCCUGCCGUCCAAGGGCUCCGACGGGAGAGACCCGCUACCCAGGAACAUCCACAUGAAGGGGAGUGGCUUCGUACGGCAGACGCCAAUCACCACACCAACUGUGGCUGAGGUUCGUAAGGUCCAUGUUGACACCCAUCACACGGCACCUUUCUCCAUCCUGCCCAAAGCCAAACCGCUGCUACACAAAAUCCAGUCUAAGGACCCAGUAGAGCUGGAGAAUGGCAGUUUUGGGCCUGGUUUCAUGACUACUGAGACUCACGUCAGGUUUGAUGGCAAACCUAUGGAGAAAACUGAUUUCUACCACAAUUCUAUCGGAAACAAGGAGGAGUCUGGGUUCACACACGCGUACAACGUGGAGCCUGUCACCUUCCACCCAGGAUCCCCACACAAGGGGGAAAUGCCGGGUUGGAUGACGGACCGCCCGACAGGAGUCAGUAUCAUGAAGACAAACUUCUUGAGGAGUGAAGACCCGAGCGGGAAGGAGCCCCUGCCUAACGUGGCAGACAGAGCCGUGAGAGACACAGGCUUCACGCAUGAGACGGCAAAACCACAGUUCCUGGGACAUCCUGCUAACGCCUUUACCAGAGUUGACCAAGUCCCCAGUUUGGUAGCAGAGAGAACUCGGAAGAAUGACCCAGCUGAAUAUGUCAACAUGGCCGCCCCCAACAACCAUUCCAGCCUGACGAAGAAUUGGUUCAAGGGCGCUCAACGAGAGACACCGAGCGAGACAGACCGACUGGGUAGGACUGCUGUAGGGUGGCAGGAGCUCUCAGGCUACAGUGCCAACAACGACCGUUAUGUCCACCAACCAGAGACCCUGGAAGACCUACAGAGAUUUGUCACACACUACAAGAUCAGAUUCCAUGACAAGAACCCUGAGGGAAUAGACCGGGAGGGUCACACCUGGGGAGGGCUACAGGAGCAACUUCCUGACGGUUUCACCAAGAGUACAGCCGUCCACAGUUACGGACCUGCAAUCCACACCACAGAUACCCUCCGCAGGCUACAUCCAUAUGUGGCAAGGAGUAUUAAGGGGACCGACCCAUUCUAUGAUGACCACACCCAUGACAGCAAAAUGCACUCAGAGCUGAGAUCAUCACUACCCCCCAUCAUGGCAUAGAGAUGGAACGUUCCAACCCAAUCAUGUGAUUCCAGUUACUGUAGUGAAAGACAAAAUGUCGGAAACACUUUUUGAAAAGAAAAAUGACUUUAUCAGAAGUAUUUUUGGUGUUUUACUCAUUGGCGACAUCAAUAUUUUAUUCAGAACAUCAACCGGAAACAUACAAUUUAGCCUUAGUGUUUAUGUACCAUAUAUAAUAUUAUAUAAGCUUGGAGUUUUCUUCAAUAAUCAACCAAAUAAAUACUGAUUUGUAUAAAGGUAAGACAGUUAUAUGAAGGAUAUCAUAUGAACAGACUCUGUAUAUAUUUCAUUGUAGUGGUUGAUUUGUGAUGUGUGCAUUUUUAACUGGUGAAUCUAUUGUAUUAUUUUAACACAAAAUAUUUCAUGACCUGUAUAUUUGUUUUACACCUAUGCAAGAUUGUAUCAGUGAGAAUAUUUGUUGCUGGCAACAUGAACAGUUGAUGUGAAUUCAGGUUCAUGAUAUCAGUUUUGUGAGCGACACUCUACAAUGCAAAGAGCUGCUAUGGAUGUGUAUUAAGAGGAACGUGUCUAUUUUAUGUUUUAUCUAGUAUGAUUAUAUGUAAAGCUUUACUCAGUGACUACAAAAUAUAUUGUAUUUUACCUUC